AAGGUAAACAUGGCGGGUGAUUCUGAAAUAUUUGAAUAUGUACCAGAAGAAGUGAAAGUGCAAUCAACCCUUCAUGUUGAAAUUAUUCUGAAACCUAACAGUACAUGGACUGAUGAGUAUGCUCUUGAACAAGCUAAACGAAUUCUUAAUGUAACAGACAUUACUAAGGUAAUCAUCACAGACUUUGGAAGGGAUGAAGAAAGAGAAAACAUUGAAAGCAUCUCAGUUUGUGAUGCUAAUGAACUUUUGUGGGAAAACAAGGAAUGUACUAUGCAUGAUGUGCACAAAUGCUAUUAUGUAUAUCGCUUAAAUUCAGAUGGUCCACAGAAUGAAGAUCUAGAAUCAGAAGAACUCUCUGCUGCAGAUCAUUGGAUUCUCCCAUGUACAGACUUUCAUGGGCUCUGGGAAAGUCUUAUUUAUGACACUGACAUCAAAGCACAGUUGCUGAAUUUUGUCACAACAACUUUGUUGUUCUCAGAAAAGAAUGUGAACCCCAAUGUUAUAACAUGGAACAGGGUAGUCUUACUCCAUGGUCCCCCAGGGACUGGGAAAACAUCUCUCUGCAAAGCCCUAGCACAGAAAAUUACCAUCAGACUCAAUAAGAAGUACUCUUAUGGGCAGCUAAUUGAAAUCAAUAGUCACAGUCUGUUUUCCAAGUGGUUUUCUGAGAGUGGUAAACUGGUGAUGAAAAUGUUUACAAAAAUUCAGGAACUUAUAGAUGACCCGGAAGCACUUGUUUUUGUUUUGAUUGAUGAAGUAGAAAGUUUGGCCCAUGCUCGGAAAGCUUCCUUUGGUGGAACUGAACCAUCUGAUGCCAUCCGAGUUGUGAAUGCACUGCUAAGUCAAAUUGACCGUAUUAGGAGAUAUUCUAAUGUGAUUAUUCUCACAACUUCAAAUGUCACAGAAGCAAUUGACUUGGCCUUUGUAGACCGAGCAGACAUAAAGCAAUACAUAGGGCUUCCAUCCAUGCCUGCUAUAUAUCAAAUUUACAAGUCUUGUAUAGAAGAACUUCAGAGGACUGGAAUCUUAUACCCUGAUGAGACAAUAACUUCUCUUAGAAGUCAAAAUUAUGAGAACAUGUCUGAUAUGGUAUCCCUUAGUAAUGUGCUCCAACAAGUAGCAAGAAAAAGUGUGGGACUAAGUGGUCGAACACUUCGAAAACUCCCUUUUUUAGCUUAUGCUUUGCACAUUCAGAGAGGAGUCACAACUUUACGUUGUUUCCUACCUGCCUUGUCGAAGGCCGUAGAUAAACAAUUCAAAGACAGGGAAGAUUUGUCUAAAGACUUGUGAUGUAGCUGUAGCACUAGAAUUUAAUAAUAUUAGCAUCUGAUGAUAAAUAUUAACAAUAAUGUCCUAGACGUAAAAUGUUACACAUAACUUGUUGUCCUAUAACCCUACACUACUUCAUUUGCCAUAGUUCCUAUUAUACAGUUUAUUCAAGUUAUUGUCACAUAUAAUUUUAACAUAGAAACUUAUCAUCAGUAGUUCACUAUUACCUUUAUAAUCAAAAUUUAAAAAAUCUUUUAACAUGUGGAUUAUUAAGAUUCACUGUGUUUAAUGAAAAUUUUAGACUAUCUGGUUUAGGCAUAUUAAAUAAUUGUAUAAAUGUAACUAUAUAGGGGAAAAUCUUAGAAAUAGUGUUUAUAAGACACUUGUAUCUAUGACAUUAUUUAAAUAAAAAUGGAAUUUUUGAACAUUUUAUUUUUCUCCGAGU